CCCCAACUUUACCAAUUCCACCCAAAACUAGGAGUGAACAUAUUCUCUCUGCAGUAUUUCUACUUUGUUGCAGCUAAGUAAGCAUGAUGAAGCAAUCAGGCUCAUUGUCAAUGGGGAAGAUUUGGGUCGAGGUUUGCCUGAUUUCAGCUCGAGGGCUACCUCGAUCUUCACUUUGGAAGUAUCAAUGGUAUGCAGUUGGUUGGAUUGAUCCCAACAACAAGUACUGCACCAAGAUUGAUGCUUCAGGGAAUGCAAAUCCUGUAUGGAAGACCAAGUUCACGACUGUCAUCGAUCCUUCAGAGUCAGAGUUCCAAGAUAUGGCGCUGCACGUUGAGGUUUACAGCAGGGAGCCUGUCUUUCUCAGAGAGAAGCACCAGGGUAGUGCAACUGUUAUCUUAAGGGAGUUCUUAGCUAAACACUGUAAGAACUCUGAAGGAUCAAAUCAGGGAAAUGAAGAUGUUGGAAGCUUCCAGCUGAGGAAGAAAAACUCCAAUAAACCUCAAGGAUUUAUCGAUGUCUCUAUCAGGAUCUCAGAAGAAAAAGAAGGAACAAGCUCACAUUUUUUUCUAGGAAAUGAGGAUGGAUUCAACUUAAGAGACAGCAGCAGUAACUUUAACAUGCCGAGUAAUGGAGGACCAUACCAAGCUCAGCCAGCAGGACAAGCUGAGUUGCCAUUUCACCAGCCUGGGAAUCCUCGUCCGCCUGUAACUAUUCGAAAUCGUCCAUAUAAUCAUCCUAUGCCACACCAAAUAAACCAUUCAAAUUCUGCUGUUGCUGGACCAAGUUACCCACCAGCCAGCAGCUCAAAUUACCCGACAAACUAUUCAAACCCACACGCUGGCAGGCCAAGUUAUCCACCAACCCGAACCCCUGGGUAUCCUCCUCCCCCGCCACAUGCACCACCUCCAAUGCCGCCAUCCUCUCACACUGGUUAUGUACCCACUUUUCUUCCACGAACCAAUGAUCCAUCCACAUCAUAUGUUAACAUGCCAUCAGGAGCAGGACGGGGUGUUGGGCCAGGUUUUGGAGUGGGUUUGGGCGCAGGAGCUCUAGCUGCUGGUGCUGUGAUCUUUGGUGAUGAUAUUAUGUCAGGAUAUGAUAUCCCAACUGCAGGAAUACGAGAUGCUACCUUUGCCUUUGCAACUGAUCCUUUCUGAUAAAGAGAUUAUACUAUCUUUCUCAAACUUGUAAUGUUAUAAGAAUCGUUUUGUUUGUUAAUCUGAAAUUGUGAUUACAGAUAUGGUCAGGUUAAGAGCUACGAAUAUUUACAUGUUGAAUACCAAAUAAGCUUCACAGCCUUAUCUGAACAUGCAUUUUUUUUAAAAAAAAAGUACUCUUAAACA